AGCAGGGCGGGCGCAUCUCAACUAGUUGAACGUGCAACCAACUUUUAGGAAGGCAAACAAUUGGACCCAAUGCUAGUUGCACUUGCACAUCCAUGUAGGAUAGGCGACUCUCCAACAGGAAACCAAGACCUGCAAGUUAAAGGCGCUUCUUCUCUUGUUGGCAUCCAGAUCGCUCCCCUCUGUGUCUGGCGUAAACCCGGUUUGCACUGCUGCUGCCCCUUAUCCCGAGACUAAUUUAAGACAGCGCUUUGAACCGUGAGCCUCUAGUCAACUGGAGUUGAGGGUUGUGAAUGUUUUAGGUGCGCUGCUCAGUUAGUCCACGGAGCCUGAUUAGAAUUUGGUCUUAGAACUACACCAACAACCAAAUAUUUUCCAUACAUAAGGAUGACUUUGAAGCAGGAUUCCAGCAUGGAUACAGCCAGCGACUGUAUCGGGGAAAGUAAGCCGGUGUGUCAGUGUGCGCCCAGGUCCGCGGUCCAGCGUUGGCUUCCAGGUUUUCCCAUCGCUCUGUGUUUGCUGAUGUCCCUGAGCUCCAUCACCGUGUGUCUUCUGAUGAGCCUCAAGACCUACCAGCUGGAGAACCGACUGCAGCUGGAGAUGGGCAAAGCGUCCGUCUUCCAGCCGCCGCAAAGGGCUUGUCUAAAGGAGGAUGGGACCCUAAUUCCAGAGCUGAGCACCUCCAUAGGGAAGCUCGUGGAAGAGAAAGUGGAAGUGCUGAUGCCGAAAAUUCGGACAACUAGGGAUGUUGGCCAAGAGUGCUCCUGUCCUCAAGGGCCCCCAGGGAAGCGUGGAAGGAUGGGAAGAAGAGGGGAACCUGGAGCGCCUGGCAAGGCUGGACGGGAUGGAUACCCGGGUCCUCUCGGCUUAGAUGGGAAACCAGGUUUUCCAGGUCCCCAGGGAAGCCAGGGACCAGCCGGACCCAAGGGAGAAAAGGGUGACCAAGGAGACGUUGGGCCAAGGAUGGUCUUCCCCAGAUACGACCACAGCUUUCUCUCUGGAGAGCAGUCCAGUAGCUUUCAGAGACGCUUUCUGAAGGGUGACCAAGGUGAGGGUGGACCCGCUGGUCCUCCUGGUCCUCCAGGUCCCCCCGGUCCCAGAGGCCCCCCUGGGAACACAGGCAAGGACGGGCCCCGUGGCCCUGCUGGCGAGUCGGGUUUUCCAGGUCGUGAUGGCAUUGAGGGGCCACAAGGAUUGCCUGGGAAGCCGGGAGAAGACGGCGAACCUGGCUUUCCAGGACCACAGGGUCCUACAGGAGCAAAGGGCGAGUCAGGCAAAGGAGAAAAGGGAGAGAGAGGCAUGGAUGGACUCCCAGGUUUAAAGGGAGACAAAGGGGAAAUAGGAGAGCAAGGACCACAGGGAGCCAUGGGUAAUCCUGGUGAAAAAGGAGCUACGGGCUCCUCAGACAUCAUUGACUUUAAUGGGAAGCUUCUGGAUGCUUUCCAGGCCAUCAACACCAUCAGUGUUUCGGGCCCACCUGGACCACCUGGACCCCCAGGCCUUUCAGGGGAAAAGGGGGAGCUUGGUUUACCUGGGCCAGCAGGAGUUGAUGGGGAGAAGGGACCUAAGGGUGCCAUGGGUGAGACAGGACCACCUGGUGAAAGAGGAGAGAAGGGAGAGAUGGGGCUCUCCGGGCCUUCUGGUAUGGACGGACAUAAAGGAGAGAAAGGCAACUGCAGAAUGGAAGACAACCUGGUUCAGAUGAUUUCCCAGCCUGGCCCACCCGGACCACCCGGCCCCCCUGGAUCCAUGGGGCUGCAUGGUAUGCCUGGUCCGAAGGGUGAGCCUGGAUUCGGGAUGAAGGGAGAUAAGGGGGACUUUGGUGCUCCUGGACCCAGAGGAUUAGACGGCCUCCAGGGCCUAACUGGAGCUGCAGGGUUAGUGGGUCUUCCAGGUGCAAAGGGAGAAAAGGGCAGAACAGGGGAGCCGGGACUAGAUGGUUUUCCAGGUCUGAUGGGAGAGAAAGGUGACCGAGGGGAAAGAGGAGACAAGGGUGACAGGGGAACAGUGGGAAAGAGAGGUCUAAAGGGCCAGAAGGGAGAGCAGGGUCCUCCAGGCCUGGACCAGCCUUGUCCUGUGGCUUGUGAUGAGACUAAAGGUGUGUCUCAGGUGGGUGUUUCUUCCCCUCCACCUCGUCCUCUUUCUCCUUCCGGCCCUGAGGCCCCUUGUCCUGUGGGACAUGAUGGGCUACCCAUACCAGGCUGCUGGCAUAAGGAGGAAAUGGCAAGACAGAAGCUCAAACGCAAGCGUCUCUCUCAGCCCUGAAGGGGUGCAGGGACCUGGUGAAGAAAGGACACAUAGACAGGCAGAGAGUACGGGCAGAUGGGCUUUUAUGAAGCAGAGCGAGCCAUGUAAUGCCUCAGUGUCAUACCGAACACUCAGAUCCUCUUUUAAGGAAACUCUCCAGGAGGGGGCGACAGAGAAACCUGCAUUUCCACAUUCACCUGAGAUGAAAAGACACCUGUGGCUGAUCAUGUUGCGCAAUAGCUUGAUAACCAGUCAAAGGUAUAUUGGAGUCAUCGACGUCACUGGCACAUAAGGAAGGUUUUUCUGCAUCGAUACAUUGAACGAGUUGUGGGGAUCUCUGCUAUGGCUCUUUGGUAAAGAUUUUCUCUAAUACAAUGCAUGAUCAUGAUGCUCUGUGUUCUUAAGCAUUCUGACAGCUUGUAUGACUCGUGGUCCAUCAUUGGAACCUCAAACAACAUUAGAUUUAUUUUCAUUUGCAAUGAGUAGUCUGUAAUAGUCUUUACAUUUGUACAAGCCACUCAGAAAAGUCAGUAAUUCUACCUUUUAAUGGCUAACACUUGUUGCAGUGGUGAAUUGUGUGUUGUUUUUUCUUUUGUUAUAUUCUUACCUAUUUUUGUCCAGUUACAUUUUGCAUUCCUGUGCAUUGCCAUUUUUGUGGAAUAUAUAGAUAGGGACAUUUAGCCAGAUUUGUAAAUGUAAAUGGACUGUUCUUAUAUAGCGCUUUUCUAGUCUCAAUGACUAUUCAAUGCGCUUUUACAUAG